GUUUCUCGCGGACAAGAUGGCGGCGUCCAGGGGGCUGCGGUUGCUGCGCGACGGCUGGCCGCGGCGGUGGCUCCACGCGGGCCCCUCGGCGGCGGCGCUGCCGGUGCCGAAUCCUCUCCCAGCCGCCGCCCCGUCGCUUUACCCUCCGGUGGUGGCGUCGCUGACGGCGAAGAGCAAGGCGGCCAAGCAGCGCCGCCGGGAGCGCUUCUACCAGGAGAUCCACGACGCGCCCUCGGUGGAGGAGAAGCUGCGCAUCUACGGGAAGCGGCAGCGGCUCAAGUACGUGGUCUACCCGCAGACGUGGGCCGUGAACGCGGACCGCUGGUACCAGGACUACACCAAGACCGUCUUCGUGCCGGGGCUGCCCGGCCCCGUGGCGGCGGCGGCGGCGGCGGCAGCAGCAGAAGGGGAAGGAGGUGGCUGGGACCUGGCCGAGCUGCGCUCCGCGGUGUGCGACGCGCUGCUCCAGGAGCACUUCUACCAGCGCAAGCGGCGCCCCUUUCUCUUCCGCGCCAUCGAGCAGGGUCCGUCGCCUUUCCUCACGCAGCUGGCGCUCGGCCUGACGGCCCGACUGGCCAGCGCCAACCCGGCGCUCGGCUCCUCCUCGGCCCUGGGUGCGUGUGUGUAAGCGCGAGGCGGUGGGCAGUGGGACACGUGUGCAUGUGUGUGUGUGAGAGAGAGAGAGAAAGAGGAGUGAGAGGAAGGUAUUCGAGUAGUCUGAGUUGUUGGCUUCCAGGAAUAUAAAAAAAUGUUAGGGGGUUUCCGUCAAUUUCUUUAUAUAGGUGCCAGGCAAAAACCUUUCCUAUAGAACCAGGCCUUUUGCCUUUAACCAUUUUUGUCCUUUUAGAAGUGGGUGAGAUGUAUUCAAUGCAUUUCUUUUCUUUUCCUUUUGACACUGAUAAUAAAUAAAUAAGAAUAAAAAUGUGCACCCCACCACCGAAACAAUUCCAUUGUAGCUAUCCAACCUUCCAAAAUUUUAAUAUCUCUUGUGAUGGUUUGACCUCUUUCCGUUCUACAAACACCUUCCAUAUCUCCACAAAGUCAUUUCUCCUGCAUAUUCCCCGUCUUACCUUAAUGACACAUGUUAAUUUAUCAUUAAUAGCUAUUAAAGGUAAAAGGACCCCUGACCAUUAGGUCCAGUCAUGACCGACUCUGGGGUUGCGGCGCUCAUCUCGCUUUAUUGGCUGAGGGAGCCGGUUUACAGCUUCCGGGUAUAUCCCAUCAAUGUAUUUCUUUCCCUCCUUGGUUUUAAUGUACCCAUGCAGGGUUUUAUCAUUUGUUUGGUUGUAAGUUGCAUUGGGUAAGAUAAAGUAACUCACAAAUGCAAUAAUAAUAAUCUAGUCAUGAUCCCUAGCAAUGUGUGCACUAAGGAGGAAUGUGUGUUUGUGGGGGGGGGUGUUAUACUUUUAAUCAGUUACACACAUGCAUAGCAAAUAAUUUGUGAAGCAUAGAGAUGCAUAAAAUCCCCUUCUUGUACAGAUCAGAGAUGGACGCCAUACAUAAUUCCAAGUAGCUUCUGUUUCGUUGGCAACAUUUAUCUAGCAUUGUCUAGUAUAGGUGCUUCUAGUGUUGAAAGUACUUCUCCUACAGCUUCCAUCAGUUGUAGUUGUUCCUCAUUUAACUGAUUUACUGUGAUUUUUCACAUAUUAAGGUUCACAGAUAUUCAGCAUGUAUGUGUGCACAAAAAUUGCUAUGUGGUCAUGCAUACAUCCUUGACUACAGGCAUGUUUAAUAUCUCUGGUGGGCUCUUGACUGCAGGAGGCAUUAAAGACACUCUUGUUAUUUCAGACCUCAAACCAGAAGUAAAUUUCUAUUGGCUGCGUGGUGAGACAGUGGUUCCUCGUGGACAUCGAAAGGGUAGAAUUGACCCACUGAGAUUUCAGAUUGAUGAUAAACCUCACUGUCAGAUUCGUAUACGAAAACAGCUUUCAGAGGUAUGAAGUCCAAUUUCAUAAAGAUCAAUGGAUUUGCUAUUUCUGGUUACUUCAGGGGUGAGUAUCGACCCCUAAAUAGAUCUCUUCUAUUAUAUACCACGUUUUGAAGUCUACAGUUUAAUUAAAUUAAAUAUGUAUUGGGUGAAAUAGCCCUUGUUAUGAAGAAAUUAGACUAUAGCACAGUUUUCCUGAAAUGCUUGAUAACUAAGGCAUAUUAUUUUUCCGAAUUUAAACUGGAAAGUGUGUAGCAGUAAUAACUACUUAUCCUCAGAAAACCUCACCCCCUAUGUUUUUUCAUAACUCAUUGAUGUGGGUGUGUCAUCUGAAUGGAAGGAAAUUGAUGGCUCAUGCAAAGAUACAUUGUGCACCCCCCCCCCCGAGGGCUGGUACUUCUGCAACAUUCAACAUUAUACAAGCAGACUCUCCCUUUCUCCCAUGCACCUUCCUCAUGCCUCCCAAAUCUGCUGUAAAGGCUCCCCAACCCUUCAGAAAAUAUUUUAUGGGUACUCAGAGGACUGCGAGGGAGAGGGGGAAUCCAGAAUGAAUGAGAUGUUGAUCUACUAUGGAUAACAUCCCCUUUGGAUUCAUAGGAGCCUUUUUUAUUUUCAAGUCAUAUUGAUUGGCUAGGUGGCGAAACCUGUUGUAAAGUGAGUUGAGUGGUAUGAAGCAGUACAGUGUUCAAAACUCUCAUUGCUCUAGGUGCAUUUUGCGACAGGGAAUGUCAUUGCACGAGCAGCUUCUGAACUCUGGGCACAGUACUGCAGCUAAGAUUUCAGAUUAAAACUGCAGAGUGGAAGAAAAGGAGGACCUUUUUCUGCCUCCCCACUUCCAGCUAUUUUCUGAAGACUGGAGAAGAGACCUUCUUAAGAAUAUUAGGGGGGUGGGCAUGGGAAGGACUAGACCAUGUGAAAAUGAGCCUAAUAUUUUAGCUGCAAUUCAUUCAUUUUCAGUUUUGUAUUCUUGUUAUUAAAAAGUGCACCUAGAUAUUCCGUUGUUGCGUCCAUAACCUAUGUUUAAGGUGCCAUUUAGCUCCUAGCUUUCAUAUCUCAGUUUCUAACACUGAAGCAGUAGCAGCACCUCAGACAGGGAGAACAAGGGAAUUAAAAGGUAGGGGAAAGCAUGGGUGUAGGUCUAUGCCGUGGUUUGUCUCCCCUAAACAAGCUGUGAGCGGUAGGCCAAGAACAAACCUUGGCUACCGCUCAUGGUUGGUUUGGAGCAAGGCAAACCAUGAGCCUGGUAUGGACACAGUAGUAAGCCACUAUGUCUGCUGAUGUUAUAGCAUUGUGAAAUCAUUUGGGAGAAUUACAUCUCCCUGUAGACAAUCAUGCUAGUGGUAAAUAACAAAUUACGUUGUAAUUUAGGUCAAAUAUUUAAGUGGUCAAUAGUGAGCACCCUCUUAUUAUUAAUAAUAAUUAAUUAUGUUAUAAUUGUUUUUAAAAAUAAGGGUUUAAUGUAUGUUUUAAAUUUUGUAUGUUUUUAUUUUUUGUAAGCAGAAGUGGUGUAAAGCAGGGCAAUUUUUUUAAAAAAGUAAAUGCAUAAUACCGUGUGAUUAUAUAUCAGUUUAUUGAACCGGUUUUCUUUUUUCUCCCCUUAAGUUUGUGCCCCUGGACUAUGUGGCUCCUGGAGAUAUUCCUGUUAUUAAUGUCUUGCCUGACAAGCUUCCAAUGUUCAAACGACAGUAUGAUAAUAAAAUAUUUAUAGGUAAGACUGCCACAUCAGAACGCUAAUCUCUAAAGUCUCUACUCAAUGAAUUUGUAGACAUAUACUUCAGAUGCAUAGUACUUUAACAUGUCUUUAUGCUGUAAUUCAAUAUGAACAAAAUAUAAUUCAUGCCAUUAUUUUCAGUGUUUUCAUGUUUAUUUUUUUAACAAAAUAAAUCAGUUUGCAAGAGGACUUCAGCAACUCAUUAUAUUAGCAACUCAUAAUAUUAGGCAUUUGCAGAUAACCUUUCAAUUUGCUUUCCAUAUGUUGUAUUAAACCAUAUGGUCAAUAUCUCAACUGGGCCACUGUUAUCCUGACAUUAUACAUUGGGGUCAACUGGCUGAAAUAACAGUGGCUUUCAUAAUACACAUAGCAAUGUUGAAGUUGAGUUGGCAUUUAAACUACGAAUUUUCCGGCAUGCAGUUCAUUGUGUAGUUCACUUUGCUACUAUGGUAAAAUAUUUUUCUUGAUAAGUUUUAUACUUUGUUGGAUUAGGAUGCCUAAUCUUGUUGUUGUUUUUUUGGAACAAAUUAUAGCUGUGACACUGUUAUAUUGGCAUAGCGUGCUAAGCCAGUGCACUCCUGAUUUCAAAAUGGCCUAUGUACUUUAAAUUUACUCCUUGCUUGAAGUAGAUGUUAGAUAUUUCUAAAGGUUCACAAUCUUUAUCUAAAAGGCUUGUUAGUUGGCAUCAGUCUGUCUUGGGGAGACAAUGGAGGAGUGCACCUUUGGGAGUGAAGUCAGAUGGUUGGAAGGUUACAGCACCUGCUGUGGCUGUAGAGACUGAUAUGGGAGAGACCUGUUUUAUUGCAGCUGGGGCAGAUAAAGGCAUCCUGUUGUGCUGUUGCAGAUGCACCAUGGAGUUUUGUCUCUGCGCUCCUUCCAGCUGUCAUUCGUCCUCUAAUCUCAGCUAUGGAUGCAUGACCUGACCAUCUAUACAUACUGUAUUUGUCUGCAAGGGAUAUAAAACAGCUGCAUUUUGUAUGGCAUUGUGUUCACAUUUAAAUUAAUUUUUUUGAAAAACAUACCUGUCAGCAUCACUAUAUUGUUAAGAAAUUUGAAGAUAAAACAGCUAAGAAAUCUGUUAUUGGAUGAAUUGGUACUUUUAUCUAAGCAUUCUACAUGCUAAAAUCUAAAACAAUUCUUUCUCUUGCGGGAUUUAGGAUCAAAUGUAGCAGAUCCAUGUGCCUAUGGACAUACGCAGUUUCAUUUAAUUCCCGACAGGCUGAAAAGGGACAGGCUUAUAAAAAUGAAUCUCUUUGAUCAGGUUGAAGUUCCUUGCCGUGCUAACGCAAUUGCAAGUCUUUUUGCUUGGACUGGAGCCCAAGCAAUGUACCAAGGUAGGUCAAUAGUUAAAGAUGAUAGCCAGUGUUGCAAGAUAAGGUAAAUAGCAAGCUCACAAAUAUAACUUUUAGAAGAUGAUACAGCCAUGUGAUUUAUCUUAUUAAUGCAUUCUAAAGAAUAUGUGAAUGUGGAGUGAGUAUGUGAGCAUUAGGCAUGUCCACUCUGCACUUGGCCUUCUCAUCUUGAACUGGAAGAUCUGAAAGAGGCUUGUAAAUACUUCUGAUGAACAUGGUAGCAAGUCUCAUUGUAAUUAGGACCUCUAAUCAUACAUGGUUCAUGCUUGCUUGGGAUAUUGUAUAUGUGCUUAGCUGAACAUGUUUGCAAACUGCCUUCAGGCCUUUCCACUCAAUACAGAAAGGCUGGGGUGGAACAGAUAAACCCAGUGUGUGGGGGGAAGUGAGGUGGGACUAGUAUCUGCACUUGAAAUCCAUGAAAAUGUUGGCAUGGUCUUGUAGCUUGAGGAGGUGAAGGGUGUUGAACUGUGAGCAGCUAUGACCCCUUGUAGAAUGGGGAAUAUCUUGUAUAGCGCUGUGGUUUAAACCAGUGAGCCUCUUAGGCUUGCCGAUCAGAAGGUUGGCAGUUCGAAUCCCUGUGACGGGUGAGCUCCCAUUGCUCUGUCCCAGCUCCUGCCAACCUAGCAGUUUGAAAGCAUGCCAGUGCAAGUAGAUAAAUAGAUACCACUGCGAUGGAAAGGUAAACUGCGUUUCUGUGCAUUCUGGCUUCCGUCACAGUGUUCUGUUGCACCAGAAGCAGUUUAGUCAUGCUGGCCACAUUACCUGGAAAGCUGUCUGAGGACAAACUCCAGCUCCCUUGGCCUAAAAGCGAGAUAAGCGCUGCACCCCAUAGUCACCUUUGACUGGACUUAACCGUCCAGGGGUCCUUUACCUUUUCCUUACCUGUAUAGCUCUUAGUUUGUGCUUUUGCUGCUGGCUGACUCUUGGUUCUUGCCAGACAUAAGGUGUUUUAUUCAGGCUAUUUCCCCUCUAGGGGCCCUUCCUCUUUGUUGUAAGUUGCAUGACUGACUGCAAAGUUGGAGCUCUAAACCAGCCUUCCUCAACCUGGUGCCCUCCAGAUGUUUUGCACUGCAGUUCUCAUCAGCCCCAGCCAGCAAAGACCAGUAGAUGGCAGAAGCUGUCCAGGACAUCCGGAAGGCACCAGGAUGGGAAAAGCUAGUAAGCUAUUAAAAUAUGCAACCUUUUACAAUGGAUCUGCAAUGACUUGGCUUUUAAAGGCUUGCUGCUUUUUUUGUUGUUGUUGUUGAUAGGAAAAUGCUUUUGUUUAGCUGCUGCUUUUUUCCUCCCCUCUCUCCCAGGAUUCUGGAGUGAAGCAGAUGUGACCCGGCCUUUUGUAUCACAGGCUGUGAUUACCGACGGAAGAUACUUCAGCUUCUUUUGUUACCAGUUGAAUACCUUGGCUCUAUCUGCUGAUUCUGAUAAAAAUAACCCAAGAAAGAAUAUUUGCUGGGGAACUGAAAGUAGGCCGCUGUACGAAGCAAUCGAAGAAAACAAUGUGAAAGGAUUUAAUGAUGAAAUUCUAGUUCAACUGGUUAAAUUUCUCUUAAACAGACCAAAGGAAGUAUAACAUGAAAUUCAGGUACAUCUGAAUCCUCUCAAGAUACUCCAAUGCCUAAAGUGAAAUUUUGUCUGGACUGUCAAAAGUGCAAUCAAUCGUAAGCACUAUUCCUAUGUUUGGCUCUUUGGGUCAGUGAGAGCUGUACGAGAGCAAUGCUGGUGCUCUUAAGUGCUUUGGCUGAUUUAUUUGUAUGGCAAUAAACACAUUUAUGUUGCUAUUUAAAUGAAAUAGCAAGACUGACAUCUUCUGUGUGUGUUGUGUUAAAAUGUGGUUCUGUCCUCAAAGGAGGACGCAGAUUAAAUCCACAACCAUUAGAAACUAGCAGGAGAUUUUACUCCAGAUACUUUGUUACAUUUUAUCUUCUCUAGUUAAAUAGCAUUUUCAGAGAGUGCCAUGGAUAUCACCCUCUUGUUGUUGUUCUUUGCUCUUCUGAGCCAUACCCCUGCUCCCAGACAGAGCGAUCACACACAUGCAUACAAACAUAUAUAUUUUCUUUGCUUUUCCAUAGUCAAGUCCUGCUUUUCCAUGUUCCAAGUUAUGCAAUCUGCAGCCAGAGGUUACAUUUUCCUAAGAAUUUGUGUGCUAAAACUUCAGAAUAAAUAUAAAAACAGAAAAUUUAUCAAUGCAGAGCAGUGCUACAGAGUUUUAAUUGGUGUUUAAAAGGCAAAACCGUAUACAAGCGUUUUAAAAUACAGGCAGUAUAUUGCAGGUUGACCCCCACCCCCCGAUGAGUAAUACAAGCACAUACACAAAUCUCUCAUAUGUUCUUGAAUACAACCUCUAAUAAGGCAAGGGCAAUGUGUUUGAGUGAAUUGCCUUGUUAGGGUGAGUCUUUUAAAAGAGGCCCCAUGGAACAUGUGUACUCUGUAUCCACGAGGCCUCUUUUAAAGGACUCACCCUGUACUUGCAUUAAGAUACGAAUUGACUGAAAUGUUCCGUGUGUACUUGAUCAUUCGCCUGGCUCCCAAGUUUCUGCACAGUAGUUUCCCUGCAACAGACUUGGUCUGUUGUUCUGUGGCUGGGAAGCAGUGUUCAGGUGUUGCCAGUGUGGCAUUUUCUUUCAGGUAAGGAUGACUUACACUGGUUUGAGUUGUGAUAUGUUUAUGCUGGGUGUUGUGGGCAAACUGGCAAACUGGUUGUGGGUUUUUUGUAUGGGAGGCUCCCCUACUUACAAUUUAAAGCAAUAUGUCUCAAGCAUGUGCAUUUUCACUGUGGUACACAGAUUGUGCUGCCACAAUUAUUGACCUCUACUCUUUAAUUUGUCUUGGGCAAAUUUCUAAUGUAUUGUAAGGCAUUCUUACAAGUUCACCGACACACAAUGGACUACCAGAAUGAAGGUGACUACAAUUUUAUGAUUCCUUGUGGUCCAUGAACCACAGUUUGGGAACCCCUGACUUGCAGAUUAGGCAUCUGUGAAGGGGAAAAGUAAAAAAAUUCCACCAUUGUAGUAAAAACCCCUUUCAUUAACUUCAGGUGCUCUUUGGGUUCUGGCCACAAACAUAUUAAAACUUCAUUUGAUAUCAAACAUGAUUUUGGUAGGUAGAAGAUUAAACGAAUGGAAAGGUUAACCAGCAGAUGGCACUGUUUACAAUUUUGUAUGAAAUACAACAUCAGUGUGUCUGCCUGGUGUUAAAAUGGCUUGCUUUUUAAAACUGCAAAAUUACCAUUCUGUUGUUUUCCAUAGAAAAAUGACUUCAAAUUGAGAGCUCCCAUGAUAAAUACUUUGUUUGGGAAAUGGCAUUUAGGGAGGAUUUCUGUUUAUGCAUAUUUAACACUUAUCUAAUUAACUUGCAGUCUCUUCAGUAUUUUCAUUAUGAAAAUAGAAUGGGUACUUCAGUUAAUGCUUUUGUAGACUUAUUAUUAUCAUCUUCCAUUAUGUCUCCCACAGAAGAAAGCACAUACUGCACACUGAAGCUCUGAUGAAAAUACACAGGUUUUUUUUUAAGCUGCACAGUAUAUUUUUUAAAGAGUGAAAAGUCUUUCAGUGUGCAUUUCCCUCCUUAAUUUGCCACUUUUCAUAGUGAGAACCAAAGCAUGCUAUAGUUCAGAUGCCAACCCAGUUUGAUAAAUGCAGCAGUGCUAUGAUUCUCCUUGCAAUGGUAAAGGGAUGCUUAAUGGCUGCUUGCAGUGCUCCUAUAGACUUAAAGAGUGAAAGAUAAAGAGUACAUGUGAUUUGGGCAAUUUUCAGUAGCUGACUCUUAAUUUCAUUAAUAUGACUAGGAUCCAGCAAGCUACUUAAAUCCCAAAGGUUUUGACACUUUGCACUUUGAACUUGCCACUCCAAGAGCCAUAUAAGAAACUGUUCUAAACUCUCCUUUCAAAAGCCUUGCUACUUUGAGGUGGGCAAUUGCUGUACAACAAGCCAUAUAAACCAGCCUUCCUAUGCCGGUUUGUGCUGUAGUCUCAAAACAUCAAGAGCACUGGGUUAGGUUGGCAGGUAUAAAUGAAUUGCUUUCAUUGCUGCUGGUUCCCAAUCAUACACUGGGGAAUAACAAAGGAGAAUUGCAGCAUUAAAACCCUCCAACUAUUAUGCAAUUCUGUUAAACUGGGCUUCAGGUGUGGCCCUACAUGCUUUAAACUUGCUAUCCUAUGGGUAGUAUUCCAGCCUUUCCUCUUCAUACUGUAUCUUCCAUGGACUUCAUCCGACAAGACAUACUAGGGAUAAAGUUGUGCCUUGCUACUAGUUGCAAGAUGAACAAGAGUAAAUAUUUACUGCCUUAUCCCUGAAGGGACUCGAACUUGAAACAGCAUAACCUACUUGUAAUACAGAUGUGUGCACAAAGACAACCUGAAUAGGCAAUGGCCUCUUUUCAUUUUGAGCCUGCAGCAGCUCAUGACAAUCUCUGCAAAGUAACUGCUUGCCACAGCACAGGAUGCAGCACCUCCAGCCUCUGCUUAGGUAACUUGUUCCGUGGUUGUAUUGCAGAAAUGGAAAUAUGAGGGCAUCAAACACUACUAUGAAAGCGCUUCGGUAUCAAGAUUUACUUGCAGUGCUCACUUGCACAUCUGUUUUGCCCUAGGUGCCUGCACUUAAGAGCAAUAUAGACAUGAUUUCCCACCGCUGCCACUGAAAUACUUGUAUUUCAAGAAACUUGUAGCAAAGUGACAUUAGGGAAGGACUGUACCUUGGUGGUAGGACAUCUGCCUUGCAUGCAGAAAGUCCCCAGUUUCAACCCCUGGCAUCUACAGAUAGGCAGGGAGAGAACCUUGUCUGUAAUCCUGGAAAGCCACUGCUAGUCAGUACUGGACUAGAUGGAUGGUAGCUCAGUUGGUUAGAGCGUGGUGCUGAUAACACCAAGGUUGCGGUCUCAAUCGCCAUAUUGGCGAGGCUGCCACCUCUGCAGGCAAGGGGUGACAUCACUGGGCUCCUGAGCCCCACAAGAGUGCCACAGGAAGAAUGCAGUUGGUCAAGGGAUACAGAGACUCAAAAAGGUUGAAAAACUGGACUAUAUAAUCCUCAGGGACCCUUCCAACUCUAGAAUUCCAUGAUUCUGUGACCUGGGAUAAGGCAACUUCUGAUGUUCCUAUGACAUUAAACCAAAGAAAUCUGUGUGGUUAAAAACUAUGAGCAUAAAUUAAAAACCCAGUUCGUUC